CUCACGAAGAAGAAGCUUCAAAGACUGCCCUGGUUUGAACGACACUGAUGGAAACCAACGCGGUUCGUUGGGAACAUUUGCCGAUCUCGUGAAUAUCUGUCAGCGGCGAAGGUGAAGAGGUUGUUCCCCGCGGGAGCCAAGUGGAGUGUACACAGGAAGGAAUAAUCUUUAAGUUCCUUCAUGGCUGCUCCGACCCUGCAACAGGCCAGCUUCCUACUGGCCAACCUUAAGAGUGAUGCAACCACCAAACCUCUCCUCCAGCGAUGCCAGGACCUGGUGAAGAUCAUCGAUGAAUAUCCUGCCAAGGAGCUGCACUUGAUUUUCCCCUGGCUGGUGGAGAGUGUGUUCGGAAGUCUGGACGGCGUCAUCGCAGGCUGGAACCUGCGACUCCUGCACUCGCGGAGCCACGAGUUCAACAUUGUCACAGAGUUUCUGAACCCCUGUGGGCCGAUGCUGAAGCUUGUGUAUAAACUUCAAGCAGAAGAGUACAAAUAUGAAAUACCAGUCAAUUAUCUCCCGGGUCCCGUGAAAGCCUGUAUCCAGGAAGGAGUUCUUCCGGACUGUCCACUGUUCCACAACAAGCUGCAGUUCCCGCUGUCGGGUCUGCUGACUCUGAACCUCGCUCUCAAUCCGUUUGAAUUCUUCAUGUUCAACUUUGCCUUCUGUCUCAUCACGCCAAAGUGCUACCCCCAGGGACAACAUGGAAGCUCCACAGACAGCGCCUACUUUGUGCUGGUGGACACUUACCUGAAGUAUUUCCUGCCCAGUGAAGGAAAUGUGCCUCCUUCUCCUUUCUCCGACUCCAGAGGCUCCGUCACUGCGCCUUCACCAAGAUCCUCCAGUAUUUCCUUUGCUGGUUAUGGCGUUCACAGCCCCAGUCUCCUGAAACAUCACAUCUUCCAUCAGCCCUCGGUGAACGCAGACCCGUCGGCCCAGGAGAUCUGGAGGUCGGAGACACUGUUGCAGAUGUUUGUGGAGAUCUGGCUCCAUCACUACUCCCUGGAGAUGUACCAGAAGCUGCAGUCUCCUCAGGUGAAGCUGGCGCUGCUGCAGUAUCGCCUCAGUAUGUCCAGCAUGCCGUGCCAACCCCACGCCCCACCAGGCUCUGGGACCCUCCACACCUACCAAGUACUUUUACCUUUUCACUCACCCCCGCCCCUCUGGGGCCUCCUGGAGGAGCCCUUCACCCCGACAGAGGAGCACGUGCUGGUGGUGCGUCUGCUGGUGAAGCAUCUGCACGCCUUCUCCAACAGCCUGAAGCCCGAGCAGCUAUCGUCCUCGCCCUCCGCCCACUCGCACGCCCACACCAGCCCGCUGGAGGAGUUCAAGAGAGUGGUGGUGCAGCGGUUUGUUCAACAGAAGCUCUACCUGUUUCUUCAGCACUGCUUCGGCCACUGGCCUCUGGACGCCUCUUUCAGAGCGGUGCUGGAGACGUGGCUGAGCUUCAUCCAGCCAUGGAGAUACACCGGAGAGAAGAUGAAUCCUCAGCCAGACCAGAACAGAACGGUGCCUGACAAGUGGGAGUCGUUUGUUCAGGAGAACCUGCUCAUGUACACAAAGCUCUUCCAGGUCUUUUUGAACCGAGCCGUGCGGACGGAUCUGGUCAACGCCAAGAACGCGCUGAUGGUCUUCAGGGUGGCCAAAGUCUUCGCUCAGCCGAACCUCGCCGACAUGAUCCAGAAAGGUGAGCAGUUGUUCCUGGAGCCCGAGCACGUCCUCCACCACCGGCAGCCCCGUGGCUACCUGACGCCGAGCCAAGGGGGCAGCUUCCUGUCGUCGCGGCAGAAGGUGGUGACGGACAUGGUGUUCAGGGUGAAGAGCCACGUCUACUCGCUGGAAGGCCAGGACUGCCAGUACAAACAGAUGUUUGGCUCUGAUCUCAGAGGAGCAGUCAUGAAGUUGAUCCAGAUGAUCGCACAAGCCAGACAGACGGCCAAGAGGAUAUCGGAUCACGCCAGCGAGGUGGCCGCCAGCAGCUCCUUCAUGUCCUGGUUCGGUCUGGGCUCCUCCGACCUCAACAACACCUUCUCUGGAGCCGAGCCGGAGGAGAGCGGCGAGUGUCUGAAGAAGACCCAUGAGUUUCUGGACAGAGCUCUGGAGAACUUGUGUCUGAUCUUCAAGCUGAACCAAGGGCAGCUGAGUCAGCUCAUAUCGAACCUGGGCUCCUCACAGGACGACGGCAACUGCAGACAGCUGCCGGACUGCGUCCAAGGAGAGAACGGACUGAUCCUGACCGACCUGGGCAGGAGGCAGAUCAUAAAUGGACUGCGCAGGUUUGACCUUCAGUAUCAAGGAGACCCGGAGCUCCAGCCCAUCAGGAGCUACGAGAACGCCCUGCUGGUCAGGCUUUUCUACAGAAUCUCUUCUCUGGUCAACGAGAGGUAUGGAGGACACAUGAGCGCGCUCUGCUCACGGCCGGACUUCCUGGGUCGCCUGGGCCGCCACUACCUGACGGAUCUGAAUUCGACCGCCGCCACGCAUCACAGGCAGAGCCCGACGUCCCGGCGGAUGCUGGAGAGGAGCCGCCAGGCGAGGCUGAGCCUGCGACCGUUGGCCAGCUACCGGACGAUACUGCUGCUGCUGCUCCUCUACGUGUUCGGAGCCCUGCUGUCGUUAGGCCCCGUGUCCAGCACACUUGUCAUUGUGGCCGGCGGCUUCCUGUACGGACUCUUCAUGACGCUGUUCAGAGACAAACUGAAAACGCACUGACCGUCGAGUCGAAGAGUUCCUUCACAUCUGGGAGAAAAAAAACACGACUUAAUCGAUGGACUCCAGCUUUGAAUGUUGGAAAGUGUCCCACGUAUUGUAAUGUUUGCUCGUGCAACCAAUUAUCACAUUUACAAUGAAUCAGCCAGACGUUCGUUUGAUUAAUCGUUUGUCCUGUAGAACAGUUUUUAAACGUCCAUCAUAAUUUUGCAUAAAGUCAAAAGUAAAUAGCUUAAUUUGUCAAAACAUCUGUGUCCAACCCUAAAAUAUCAAAUUUACUCUGAGGUUAAAAAAAGAAAGAUAAACAAUUAAUCAGUUAAUAAAUCACAUGCUAAUAAAGGUUAUUUCAACUGACUAAUUAAUGAAGUGAGUCAUCACUGCAGCUGUUUAUUGAUCCUGUAAAGACUUAUUCAACAGUAGAUCAUAUCACAUUAUGAUCUCCAUCACAUUUGACGCUUAAUUAUGAAAACAAAUUACAUUGAAAACAAAUGGAGGAUAUUCCAGAGCUUUUCUGAAAGAUGUGUAGGAAUCCUGCCGUGGCAGCAGGUAAGAAAACGGACUGGCAGGAUUUUUAUUUUUUUGCUUUUGAUACUUCACUGUUUUAAAAUGUGCUUCGUUUCUAAAGACCUUGUAUAUAAACAGUGAUGCUUCUAAAAACAGUUUGAUCUUUUCAACAGGAGCAGUUUUUCAACAUUUAAGAUGUUGCGGAUUGUUUCAACCCGACUGUUUUUUUUCAGUGAAAGCAAAAAUGCAUUUUGACCGAAAAGGCUCAAUAAACUGUUUUUGCACUUG